UGGGAUUACAUUUGACAUUCUUAUAUGAUCUUACAUUGUAUUGUAAAAAUAACACCAUCAGAAGAAUAACGUAACAUUCUGCGUCAACACUUUUCUUCCUGACAGCAGGUUUGUGGUCAGUUUGAUGAACAGGUUAAGGAACUUAAGACACACCCCGCCUCUUUGCCUUAAAAGCACCCUGACUGGAGCACAGUUCAGUUGCGGAUAUAGCAGAGUAACAGCAACACGCGCCAUGAAGAACUUCACUUUGAUAGCAGCUUUGAGUCUCUGCAGCAUUAGCUGGAUCUCUGCCUCAGUCUCUCAGUAUCAAACUGUGGAGGCUCAGCCUGGUGAAGAAGUCACACUGCAGUGCAACAACAUUUCAAAAUAUGAUACUCAAACAUUCUGGUCCAGACUGGUCAACAGAACCAAAAUCAGCUGCGUUGUUGUCAUCUAUAGAUAUGGAGGCAAAGUUAAAGUCUGUGAUGGAUAUGAAGAAGGGAAAUUUGAAAUGAAAUUCAACAUCUCCACUGUCUUUCUCAACAUCAAAAAAGUGGAUUCAUCUGACUCUGGACUGUAUUACUGUGGAUUUAUAAUAGGCACUCCAGUUUUAACCCCCAUACAUUUAAAAGUUAAUGGCAGCGAUGAGCCACAUGAUGAUGACAGGGAGGGUAAAAAACAGUCUGAUGGAAUAGCAAUGCUGACAUGUGUGAUCCUGGGUGCUCUGACUGUUGUCCUUGUACUGGUCGUCAUUGGUCUGGUUGUGAAAGUCAGGAAACUUCAGACAGCUGUUGAGAAAGACCAGAAUCCAGAACAAAGAGAGAAUGUGGGCCAUGAUGAUGACGUGAACUACGCAGCAGUGACAAUUCGACCGAAAGCAAAAAGAAGAGAGCAGGAGCUAAAUGUUAUCUAUGCUUCAACCAGAUAGACUCAGGAGGCAACUGGAACUGAUGCCUCUAUUAUAUGAAAAUGCUUUCAGCUUUUGUAUGACAUGUUGGUGACAGCCGUUACCAUUCUAGCCGAGCUGUUUUGUUAUGCAAUAAAGAUCAUGUGUUCAUCCAUUUGUAAGUGUCUUCCUAUCACUGGCAUGUUUUGAUGGAGGAGCCAGUAAGGACGAUGAUGACUGCCCAGGUUGUUUUAUCGUGAGAGAUAAAUUCAGGUCUCUGACAGUGGAGGAGUGAGUGAAGCACACAUCACUAGUUUGACAGGAAGAGACAGCACAGUGUGGUCUGAGCACAACGGAGGGGAAAAUCUCGAGGCCUGUUAGAUUAAAGCUUUCUAAUAAAAGAGUCUGAAAUGAAGCAACGAAUUCUGAAUGAGAAAAAACCCUAGUCUCUAGAGCUGUGUAGAAGUUAUACAGAAAAUCAAUCUAAAAACUGGAUAUUCUAACUAUGAUAGUAUAGCAUGAAAAUAUGUGCUAUGACUCUGAAUUAAAAACAGACUGUAUUAAAGUAAAAUUCAUUCAGCAAAAGACAAGGAAGAGGGUCUGAUCCUCUUCCUGAUCCCAGCACAAGACAAGGACGAGGGCCUACCAAGGGUGGACUGGCACAUGGGGACACCAGGGAUUUCCCUGGUGGGCCGGGCCAUGAGAAAAAGAAAAAGAAAGGGGGAAAAAAGUCUAUCACAAC